AUGGCUAUCAUCUUCGUCCCCAUGAUCAUCGCCUGGCUCGCGACCACCGUCUCGAAUGGCCCGCAGAUUGCAGUCACCCCAACCGGGAUCCAGGUCACCCCCCAAGUGCUCGAUCCAAUCAAGAUCGAUACCUUUCAGUGCGAUCUCAAGAUCAACUCGAUAACUGCUGCUACCGAAUUCAAGCUCGAGCUGCCGAGUGCCGUCAUCCUGCGCUGCACCGCGCCGUAUGCAGGCGCCCGCUGA